AUGGUUGGUAAUCUUGAAUGGACGAAUAAACCAUUAGCUAAAUAUAUAUUUCGUCUUACUGGUCUUUUAAGUUUUAUUUCAACAUGUAUGAAUACACCAAAAACAUUUGAAUAUCAUCCAUCUCUUCAAUAUACAACAUUUAUCAUCGAUAUAACUUGUGCAAUUAUAUUAACAUUUGAAGCGGCUGCAAAAAUGAAAACUCGAGGAAUAUUUAUUGGUGAUUCAUCUUAUUUAUAUGAUCGAUGGAAUCAUUUUGAUGCUAUUAUGGUUUUAAAUAUCUAUUUUUCUAUUAUCUUACAAACGUUCGAAUUAAUUGGUAUUAUAAAUAAAUAUUCAUAUUUUACAAUAAUCCGUUCACCACGUCCAUUUAUUCUUAUAAAAGUUUUCAAAACAUUUCUCAAAUUUAAAUUACCUAAAAGCCAGAUUAAAUCUAUUCUUCACCGUUCGAGUUCACAAAUUUAUAAUGUAACAGUCUUUUUUCUAUUCUUUAUUAGUUUAUAUGCCAUAUUAGGUGUACAAUUUUUUGGAUCACUUACAUUCCAUUGUGUUAGAAACGGUACUGAUUUAAAUAACGUGACACAGUCAGAUUUAAUGAUACCUGAUACAUAUUGUUCGCCAACAAAAGAUGGUUUUCAUUGUCCAGAAAAUUUUACUUGUAAAAAAAUUGAAAUUCAACGAAAUUUACGUGGUUAUAAUGGUUUUGAUGAAAUAGCAACUAGUUUUUUUUCAGUUUAUGAAUCAGCUAGUCAAGAAGGAUGGGUAUUUCUUAUGUAUCGAGCUAUUGAUAGUCUUCCAUCAUGGCGUGCAUAUUUUUAUUUUAUUACAUUAAUUUUUUUUCUUGCAUGGCUCGUCAAAAAUGUAUUUAUUGCUGUUAUUAUCGAAACAUUCGCUGAAAUUCGUGUUCAAUUCCAACAAAUGUGGGGUUCAAUAGAAGUAACAUCAGGCAUUGAAGCAACAAAUAUACUACAAAAAGCUGAUAAUAGUACAUUAAAAUUAGUCAAUAUAGGUGAAAAAAAGAAAGGUGUAGCACCAGCUAUUUUUUUAAAAAUUGUACAAUCUCCAGUGUUUACAAAAAUUAUUAUGAUUGUUGUACUUGCUAAUACAAUCUUUACGGCCACUAUUGAACAUACACAUAAUGAAAAACUUGAUAAGAAAAAUCGUGAAUUUUAUCAUAAAAUUGAGACAUUAUUUACUAUAUUUUUUGAUUUGGAAGCACUUUUGAAAAUCUUUUCAAUGGGCUUUAAAAAUUAUAUUCGAAGAUCAAUAUUUAUAUUUGAAUUUAUGCUUGCUGUGGGAACAACUCUUCAUUGUUUUCCAUCAUUUUAUCGAAGUGCUUUUACAUAUUUUCAAGUUCUACGUGUCGCUCGUCGACUUAAAUCAAUUCCUUUACUUGAAAAUUUUCUUAGUAAAAUUUUUGGUCCGGGUCUUGAACAAUUUGAAACAUUUCCUCGUGCAUUUAUGUCUAUGUUUCGUAUUGCUAUGAAUGAUGGUUGGACAGAAGUGAUGUAUUCAGCAAUGGACGAAGUUUUUGAAUUUGGAAUAUUCUUUUUAUGUCUAACAGCACUUUUCUUUAUCUUUUUUCAUUUAUUAACUAAUUCUAUUGUACUUUCACUUUUCGUUGCCGUCAUUUUGGACAAUCUUGAACUUGAUGAAGAUGUUAAAACGAUUAAACAGGUUUGUUAUUUACAUGUUUCUUUGUUUUGUUUUUUCUUCAAAAUAAAAUUUAAGUUUUAGAAUAGGCUCUUUCUUUUUAAACCUUUUACUAUAGAUGAAGUUAAUGAUUAUAAAUAGAUCCUUAGACCAUAGAAAUUAAGAAACUACUAUUUUUGCAUCUUGUGAUAUAUGUUUCCGAAUUUUAGAAGAAAUAUUUGGAAGAAAAAUCUUCUGACAAAAAAAACCUUUCUCUAAUAGGAUUAAGUGAUUGUUCUCCUUUUCAAUCGAUACAACCUAAUUGCAUUUACUCCUCGACUUAGCAGUCGCACCAUUUUGUUCAGAAUUCAAUUCUAUAUUCGACAAGGCGAGAAUAACUGUUUUAAACACCAAGUCUAAUUUUGGAAAGCAUGUUUUUCCGAAAAACGUACAAAACUACUACUAAGUAUGAGUUCCAAGUCUUCUUAUGAACGAUAGAAAUAGGAAUCUUGAAAACAUCGUGAAAGCACAGAGCACAAAAUUCUCUAUCGAAUAACUAUAGAAUGAUUUUCUGAAAAUGUAUCGGAGGGAUUCAAAAAAGAAGAAAAUGAUUUUGUCUCAUUUAACCUGUGCCAUUCGUUAGACUACAGCUUGAAAUACUUGGCUAUUAAGAUAUGCUUGUAGAAAAAUUCUUAGUACAAUACAUUAAUAACA